AUGUCACCCUCAAAGUCUGAUAAAAGUUCAAAUGGAACCAAGUGUGUUUCUAGUAUAUGGAGCCGUGCAAUAACCGCUAAUUCCGAGUGGCCUGACAAGGAUGAAUUUUUGGAUGUUAUUUACUGGAGCCGUCAAGUUAUUGGAAUUAUUUUAGGAAUUGUAUGGGGUCUUAUUCCUCUUAAAGGUUUUGUAGCACUAGCACUGUCACCUGGAUAAUAAUUUACUCCGGUUUGCAUUUUGACUGA